AAAGAAGCAGAGUAGAGAGCAUGGGCAUUAGCCAUUAGCGAUAAGGAUAGAAGAGGGCGAAUCGAAAGUGAUAACGCGCGCGCCAACUAGGGCUCCGACACCGCACUUCACCCUAUCACAGUACUCAUACUUCUACAGUUCUAAUUCGAAUCGUAAUCUGUGUAGCGCGUCAAUUGGGAUUGGGAUGUCUUCUGAUAGUGCAAAGGAAAGUGCUUCAGUGGUUGAUUCAUCAGUGACUGAAUGUAGACAUGACAUUGGAAAUUUAGAUGACCCAGGUUGUGAUAAUGUUCGUUCACUUGUCAUUUACAUGUCAUGUGAGUGAAUGAACUUGCAUGGUGGGGAUAAGAAAGGGAAAUAAUUCUUUGACACUCCAAGAGUGGGUGGAAGAUGAGAGCGAUAGGAAGAAAAUUAAGAAGAAGAAGAGAGGUGAAGUAAAAGAUGUGAUAUAAAAUAAAGAGAGAUAGAAAGAAGGGAAAGAUGGAGAAUGGAUAUGAUAGAAAGUGAGUGUGAAAUUAAGAUUUGGGGUAAGAAAUGGAAUGAGAAAAUCAUUAAUUUAAAACCACAGUACAUUCCAUAUAAGAUAAAAUGCGUAUAACAAAAUGACGGACAAAAGAUAGAGGUGAAGUUACAAUUUUCUAAUAAAAAUCAAAUAUGCUUGGUCGUGUGUGUAAAGAGGGGUAAUGCAUCCCACUCCCUUUUACUGUUUAACUCUACUUCCGAAUGUGAAUCACCUUGUCAGUCCAUCAUAUCUCACAGAUCCAAACAUACCCCGAAUUAGCAAAAUUUACUUGCAGUUUCGGUGUGUCCAGAGGAUCACUGACUUCAACGAGAGCUCAAGUUGCAAGUUUAAGGAAGACAUUAAUUCAACUAAAGCAGAGAGAGUGGGACAUUCUCAUGGUCAGAUAGUUCAUCCGACUGAAAUUGGAGUGGAAAAAUUGCACAAUAUAAAAUAUUUUAUCAUUAAGAGUUUGAACUAUCAAAAUCUACGUUUGUCUAUUGAGAAAGGAAUUUGGGCUACACAAAUCAUGAAUGAACCAAUUCUGGAAGAAGCUUUUCAUAAUUCAGGCACUGUAAUCCUUAUAUUUAGUGUCAACAUGAGCGGUUCCUUCCAAGGGUAUGCACAAAUGAUGUCCGCCAUUGGAUGGAGGAGGGACAAUGUUUGGAGUGAGGGGAGUGGUAAAAGUAAUCCUUGGGGUCGCAGUUUUAAGGUCAAAUGGCUGUGUUUGAAUGAUUUGCCUUUCCACAAGACUCUACAUCUCAAGAAUCCAUUGAAUGACUAUAAACCUGUCAAAAUUAGCAGAGAUUGCCAGGAAUUAUCUCCAGAUAUUGGCCUAGCUCUUUGCGAACUCCUUGAUGAUAAGCAUGUUACAGACGGCCUGCUAAGCAGUUCAUCGAGGGAUGAUUUUUCUUUGAAGGAGCAUUAUGCAAAUACGCCAGGUUCAAUGGGAGAUGAAGACUCUAAUUUUCCUCCACUGCAUUUGUCAUGGUCAAUGCCCCUGCCUUAUUCUUCCUUGUUUUAUCAGAAUCAACCUGAAGCAAAUAGAUUUCAUUCAACAAACCAAAGAUUCAGGGGGAAAAUGUUCACUGAAAUAUUGCCUCUCUCUUCGGAGUCAUCACAAGUGUCAUCAGGGAUUAAACGUUCUCAUUUUAGUGAGCGCAUUCCAAAGCUACAAGUGAUCAAGGAUGAGGCUUCUCAAUUUGAUUUUCGGGCUCUGUCUUCAGGAAGCCCUUUAGCUAGUACCCUAACCGAGGAUGAUUUUCUUGACAUGUCCUAUGAAGAAUACCUGGAGGUCCAUAGCAGAUGCAGUAAACAGUUACGCAUCAGUGCAAGUAAACCAUCUCAGAAACAACUGGAAUCGUUGAGAGGUAAUUCGACAGGAACCUAGACAGUGUUGAUAGAGAAAAGAGCAACUCCCGUGGGAAGAUGCAUUAGUCUUUGCCAUGGAUAUUAUAGCUCCUCCAACAUCCUCACAUGGUAACUUUUCGUUUACUAAAUUUUGGACUUGAGUGUUGUCAUCCGUAUGGACGCCCUUUUCCAAAAGCAACUACGUAAUGGAAGUUAAUUGCAAUUUAUCUAAAAUUAGGACUUGAUAUUAUACCUCAUUAAUGUGAUUCAUUUCCAAGGUUAAUUUGAGGCUGAUUUACCAAUUGUACAAAAUUUAGAUUUGUAUUGCCCAAAAUACGCCUUGUGUGUAUAUAAUAUAUAUUUCUCCAGUGCCCUCUGGAAAAUUGUCAGUUAAGAUGCUUAUAUUGGUUUAAUAAGUGAGAAACUCAGAUGUCUU